AUGGAAAUAAUGUCUGAUCCCGUGAUCCUGGCCACUGGACACACGUAUGACCGGCCCUCCAUCCAGAGGUGGCUCGACAGUGGGCACAAGACCUGCCCCGUCACAGGCACCCGCCUGCGCCACAUGGAGCUCACCCCGAACUUUGCGCUGCGCAGCACCAUAGCAGACUGGGCCGCGGAGAACGGCAUUGACCUGCAGCGCACGCGGCCGAGCGAGCCAGCAGCAGCGCCCGCGGAGCCCCCCCGCCAGGCGCCCCAGCAAGCCGCAGGGCGCCAGUCUGCCAACAUCCUGCACUGCCUGGGCUCGCUGGAGGGGCACACCGGCGCGGUGCGCGCGCUGGCCACCGACGGCGCCCGCGUCUUCUCCGGCUCCGACGAUGCCAGCAUCCGGGUGUGGGACGCGCGCAGCCUGGCCUGCCUGGCCACGCUGUGCGGCCACGCCGACAACGUGCGCGUGCUGGCGGUGGGUGGCGGCCUGCUCUGCUCCGGGUCCUGGGACCGCACCGUGAGGGUGUGGAGCGUGGACCACCUCACCUGCCUGCAGGUGCUGAAGGGCCAUUCCGAGGCCGUGCUGGCACUGGCCCUGACCCCCACCCAGCUCGUGUCCGGCUCCUACGACGCCACCCUGCGCUUCUGGGACCUGGGCUCCGGGCGCUGCACGCGCAAGUGCGAGGGGCACGGCGACGCCGUCCGUGUGCUGGCCGCCGCCGACGGCCAUGUCUUCUCCGGCUCCUACGACGGCACCAUCGGCAUCUGGUAG